GGUAAGUUAUUGAGGGGGUAGAAAGAGACAAAGUUGUUGGACUAUGCGGUGCCCACGGGGAGGGAUUUUAUUUAUCUGGACCGACUCGGUUUAGCUCAGCACCGGCCUGCUGGGAGAGUAGGAGUAACGGAGCGCCGGCUUAAAUCAUUUCCGUUUCUGUUUCCAAACUUUACAACGAGUCCCGAACUGGAUUCUUUUUCUUCUCCUCUGUUUGAAUCGGGAAUGAUAGAAGCAGCCGAGUCCGAGCCCAGCGGAUGGACGUGCGGACGGAGUCCAGCCAGUUAGUGUCCUGCGUGUGUUCCCUCUCUUUAAAGGCGGUGUAAUGUUAUUGUGAGCACAUGAGAUGAACGGCAGACGUCGGCUGAGUCGACUUUCUGAGCACAAGCGGGUUUAUUUUCUCGUCUACACUGGACCCACAUGAAGAGGCGACGGUCUGCAUCCUGCUGAACGUCUCUGCUUUGUGUUUUCAGAGAGCAGAAGAAAGAAAAACCCUGGACACUGAGGAGACUUUAGCCAAGAGGAUUUCAGAGAGUUUAAUUGGAAGGAGACCUUUCCGAUGCGGUGGGUCGACAAAGGAAGCCCUCUGCCUUCAUAGGUCACUCCAAAGUGUCCAUGUUUCUCUUAUUUCCUGGCUGGACUGGCCUGAAUCUUUUGUUUUAUUUCCAUGGAGUCUUCCUCACCACAGCCUACCUGUGCCUAUGGGUUUCUCACUCGUAGACUUAAAUCAUGGUAAAGCUUUGAAAUGGCUUAAAUUUUCCUCUUAAUUUAUCUCCUUUGUAUUUAUUGUGUGUAUAGAUGUUGUCCUUGUGAUUUCAAGAAUAUUUCUUUGUUAAAAAGCUCUGUUAGGGUUUGAUUGAAAUGGUUUCACCUAUUUGAGCAUCUUUGUUCUGUUGUACAUCUCCCUCACACUGUAUCCGAGUAAAUUAACGUAAAGGAAGACACUGUAAGACUUGACUCUGAAGGCACAGGGAGGCUUUGAUCAUGGACAGGCCAAUAAGCAAGUUACUGGGGAAGCUGAAGCUCACUGAUGCAGGCAGUGUGAAAUUCAACAGCUCCAAGAAAAAACAUGAUUCUGCCAACAACUCUAACAACAGCAACGCUAAUGCUGGCGUCUCUGGAGCUCUGCCCCCUCCACCGUCUGCUCCCAGCUCUGCAGCCGCCUCACCCCCAAGACCCGGCCAGUUCUCGCUUGCCUCCUCGACCACGAAAGAUGCAUGUGUUCCAGCGAGUGGGUUAGGAGGAGGAAUAGGAAUGGCUCCCGCUCCGCUCCUCACAUCACCACCUUCUUCUACGCUGGGCACUGUACCUCCAGAUGGUGAGCAGCCACUCCAUCCCUCUACCUUGGCACAACUGAGACGACCCUCCUCCCAGCAGCGAGCCUCCUGGUACCUGACCGAAGGAGUUGAUUCCCACUUAGGCCUGACUCCUGAUUCUGAUCCUUUGGGAGCAUUGGGUUCCAAGGCCUCCCUAAACCAGCGUCGUUACUCCUUGGAGCUCCAGCAGCUGGUAAGACGACAGCAGCUUCUCUCCCAGCCGCCAUCUCACUCUGUCCCACCGCCGUACCCCGCUGCUGCCGGAUAUGGAUCUGCUCCGAGAGGUGGUGGAGGAGGACUGGCAGAGCAAGGCUACAACUCCGAAUCCGAGAGGCACAAGCGCUUCUCCCUUCAAGAGGCCCUGUUUUACAAGCGCCUCAGCACGGGCAGUGAAGUGUGGGACAACCCUAGGCCUGCUUCCCUGUCUCAUCCACCUCAUCGCCCAUCUGAUAUACCUGGGGGGAGUGUAGGCUUGUUUUACCCUCCUGGUCCAACCCUGAGCCCAUGUUCGUCGUUCAGCCUCCAGGAAUCUGUGCUGGUUAGCCCGAGGUCCAGCUUUGCCUCCAGCACGGCCAGCGGCGGAGGCGGGGGGAGUCCCAUGGGGAGCCGCUGCAGCAGCAACAGGACCAGCGGCAUCAGCUUAGGAUAUGACUCCCGGUACUCUGCUUCUGGUGGCCUCCCUGGCCAGCAGCAGCCCAUGCAGACUGGGGGGUCUUCGGCAGGUUAUGGGGCUUCAGGCAGAGCCGGGGGGAUCACCGUAGAGCCCUGGACUCAGUACCUGGAGGCAGGGGUGCGCCCAGGUGCAUACGACAGCCGCCACUCGUACCCACCUGCAGUGGGAAGUCCAGCGGCAGCGUGCUAUCAGGGAGGGCCUGAGUGGUGGGAGGAUCAGCAGGCAGGGGCGAGAGGGAAAGAUACAGGGGUGAUGGGCGAGAGGGCCCGAUACUCAGACCUGCCCGGCACCCGUUACCAGGAAGAGUUGACCCGACUUCUCCUGAGAGAUGCUGCUCGAGAAGGUGGCGGGCUACUGGAGGGCCUGAGGCUUAAGGAUCAGUGUCUACCCCUGGCCUCACUUUCUAAACCAGGCACAACAGCGCAGGGGUCCUCUUCAGCCGGUGGGCUGGUCAGACCUCAGGAGGACUCGGGAGGUGCAGCUGGAAGAGAGACCACGGAAAACCGGCAGGAGUACUUCGGUACCUGUGUGAAGUGUGGGAAAGGAGUGUACGGGGCAGAUAAUGCCUGCCAGGCUCUGGAUCACCUCUAUCACACUCGCUGCUUCACCUGCGUCUCCUGUGGACGCACCCUGAGAAACAAGGACUUCUACAAUGUCAACGGCUCUGUGUACUGUAAAGAGGAUUACAUGUUUUCGGGAUUCCAGGCAGCUGCUGAGAAGUGUAGCGUGUGUGGUCACCUCAUUCUGGAGCAGAUCCUGCAGGCUGUUGGGAACUCCUACCAUCCCGGCUGUUUCCGCUGCGUGGUGUGCUCCAAGGCUCUGGACGGGGUCCCUUUCACUGUGGACCAGAACAGCAACAUAUACUGCGUCGCGGACUACAACAAGACUUUUGCUCCAAAGUGUGCUGCCUGUUUGCAACCCAUCUUACCGACUGAAGACAGUGAGGAGAUCCUCAGGGUUGUGUCUAUGAACAAGGACUACCACUUUGAGUGCUACCACUGUGAGGAGUGCGGCAAGCAGCUCUCUGAUAAGCCCGGCUCGCAGUGCUUCCCUCUGGACUCUCAUCUGCUCUGCCACUCCUGUCACAUGAGCAGAGUGUGUGGCACACACAACGUUCCCCCACACAACAAACACUGAUCAGCUGUGCCUUUUUCUGUUUUUAAAAGAAUUCAUCACUAUGUUCUCAGUCUCUCUCGGUUGCAUCUUUUUAAAAUGAAACUGCUGAUGUCAAGACAUUUCUGUAGUCACAUUUCAUGUCGUCCGAUUGGUUUGUCACUUGUGCCGCCUGCUGUACCUCUUGUACCAUUACUGUACUAUAGUUAAAAAGGGAACUACUGCUUUUUAACCCCAGUGUUGCUACUGUUUGCUGUAGAAGAACAAAAGGGAUUUUGCUGAAUUAUGUUGUGUAUAUACAUUAUGACUAGCAAACUUUUGCACUUAAAUUCGACUUUACUGUAAGUUGUGUUACAUGAAUAUGUGCAAGCUGAAGAGAAAGUGUAAUUUCUGUAUGUUAAAUAUUUUUCAUUUGUGCUCAGAUUGUGUACUUACAGAUAUUGGUCAAAAUUUCAAUAAAAUUAAAUGUUAACAUUAUAAAUCUA